CUCCUUUCACCACUCUCACCUAUACCAUGCAUUCAGAUGCCUUUGAUGUUAUUCCCUACGAGGACAUCAAGGGGGAUUGGAAGAAACUAGGUUCAGGCUCUUUUGGCAACGUCUACAAGGGCAGUUACCUGGGCAUCGAUGUGGCGAUCAAAGAGGUUCUCCCAUCCAACGACUACGACGUUGCAAAAUACUUUGAACGAGAAUGGAGGCUCAUGAAGGAAUGCAGGCAUCCCAACAUUUGUCUUUUCAUUGGCCUCAGCCGCGCUCCUCCACCCGAUAACCGCAUCUUCAUCGUCUCAGAGUUCAUCGAAGGAGGAAAUGUCCGCCUCUAUAUCCACGACAAGAACAAACCCUUCCCCUGGCGCCUCAGAAUGUCCUUUGCAACAGACGUCGCACGCGCACUCGCUUACCUCCAUGCCCGCAAGUGUAUCCACCGCGAUCUCAAGGGAGAGAAUCUCCUUGUCACUUCCAAUGGUCGCAUCAAGGUCACCGACUUUGGUUUCGCCAGGAUUGCAGCUAGGAACGAGGAGGAGCUGAGACGUCUCACCUUUUGUGGCACCGAUUCCUACAUGUCCCCUGAAAUCCUCCUUGGCGACGAGUUUGAUCUCCCUACCGAUGUCUUCUCCCUUGGGAUCAUCUUUUGCGAGAUUGCGGCGAGAAGGUUGGCGGACGAUAGGCAUUUCAAGCGUCACCCACCGACGUUUGGAAUUGACCCCGAGGAGGUGAGAAAGCUUGCUACCCCUGGCUGUCCGGAGGACUUUUUGAAGCUAUGUUUGGAUUGCUUGAAUACCGAGCCAGCGAGGAGGCCUGGGACGAGGGAAAUAUUGGACAGGUUGAGGUUAAUCGAAGCGGAGGUACUUGCGAGGCCUGCCGAGGAUGGUGAUGUCAAUGUGGGGAGCGUUAGGUUUAUUUCGGGCGCCCGCAGGCCCGGGGCCGCACCUAGGAUUCCGAGCUUUGGUAUGGGAGUUGGGAAGGAUAUCAGAGGUGGCAGUGGUAUGAGCAGUGCCAGUAGCGCCAGCUCCGAUGAGAGUGACGAGGAGCUGAUGGAGGCGGUUUCGAGGUUAACGAUUACCAAGGCCGGAUUGGAGGAAAGGUCGGCCUGGAGUACUUCAUCUAGUGUACAACCUCUACUCGACAAUCAACAUACGCCUAAUGGAUCAACCUAUAGCACCUCCGUUAUCCGUCAAGCUGCACAUUCUAAUACGCCCUCCGCACCCGCUCUAUCCUCAAUCCUGACUAUCAGACCUUCACCCGAUCCUAAUCGUGUCCCUGAACACGUCCUCCCGGCGACAACGUCCGACAUAUCUCACGCAUCUACUGCGAGUGUGGACCCUCUGGAAUCACCUUCGAUCGUGUCCAUCGCAACCCUCGACUCGUAUCGCACAGCCAACACAGGUGAAAGCGUCAUUUCAAGCACGUAUGCAACUGAGGGUGGCUCCACCAUUCGAUCGCUGCAUGCUCCUGGACAUGCAGUCCUUCCGACUGUACAUCGCUUCACAUUGUUGAAGCCCGGUACAAAGCCGAAGAAGGUGUCGUUGGGUGGAGGACCGGGAGGUAUAGGAGGGGCGGGAGGUACUGCUGGGGUGGUCACCCAGAGUUCUGUCGAAACCUCGGUCUGGAACCCGCUGGAGAUAUUCUUCUCGAGCGGGUUAUUGAUUUCGAAAUGUGACCUUUGUGCGAAGAGGAUUGGGUGGAAGCCGUUUUUGGAGUGCGAUGAUUGUGGGUUGAGGACCCACGUCAAGUGCGGUGAUCUGGCCCCGAGGGAUUGUGGGAUGCGAGCAGUUAUGAAUGGGCAUCAACAUUCGACGCCUGUUGAGAUGAAGAAGAUUUCUCAGUCGGAUUCGAAGUAG